AUGGAAAAUAACGUGGUAAAAAAAUAUAAAGUUAUACAAAUACCAUGGAGUAAAUCUCCAUUCAGAAGACAAAUUUCAACACGUUGCAGCGAAAUAAAAAAUAAGCUAUACGGUCAUCAUGAUGAUCAAUCAUAUGCCAAAGAUGUACUGACAAUAGAACGUGUUAAUGAUGAUUGCCUGGCUGAAAUAUUCAUGUAUCUUCCAGCAUGUGAAAGACCAAAAAUUGCAUUGGUAUGCAAACAAUGGAAAAGAGUCCUUGAUUAUUACUCUUGGUUUAAUGUCAAAAAACUUGAACUAACUUAUUGGAGAUAUCAUAAGGACUCAAAUUUUUUAACGAAAAAUUAUCCAACAAUCGAUAGACAAUUUAGUUUUUUGAAAUCGCUUCUUAAUAAGUGUGGUCGUUAUUUAACAAAAUUAGACUUGACAGCAUAUAACCAUUGUAACAUAGUACCAGUUAUCAAUGAAUCUUGUCCAAAUCUCGUAGAACUUCGAAUAAGAAUUGAAUAUAUUGACGAUGCAAUAUUAGAUAAUGCAUUUACACGUCUUUUGAAACUAAAAGUAUUGAAAAUUAUAUUUCAAUGUUUUAAAACGCGCGAUACAUUAAUACCUUUUACUUUAAUCAACUCAUUUUUAAACGUUGCUGAUACAUUGACUGAACUGAAUUUGUCAAAUUGGACUGAAUGCCUGGAGGACUAUACUAAUUUUCCACGUGCAAUGACUCGUGUAAGUUAA